GGUGACGCCGCGGCUGGGCCGGAAGGAGCGCGGCGGCGGCCUCGGCGGCGGCGACGGCGCUAUCGGCGGCUGCCUGUGGUGACUGGAAGCCGCGGCGACAGCGGCCGCCGAGCCCGCCUCGUGAGGGGACGAGCCGAGUGGCGAAUCCUUUGGAACAGAUAGUCGCCAUGUUUAGAUAUUAGCAAGUGCGUAUGUUUUUGUCUGCAUUCGAAAAUGGCAGAGGGAAACAACAAUGAAGAGGUAAUUCACUUGAACAACUUUCACUGCCACCGGGGACAAGGCUGGAUCAGUCUCAGAGAUGGACCCAUCACCAUAUCUGACUCCUCUGAUGAGGAAGGGGUUCCAAUGCUGGUCACCCCAGCUCCUCAGCAACACGAUGAAGAGGACCUGGAUGAUGAUGUCAUCCUGACGGAAACAAGUAAACCUCAGACAUCACGACCCAAUCUCAUCAAACCAGCUGCCCAGUGGCAAGAUCUCAAAAGAUUGGGAGAAGAAAGGCCUAAAAAGUCUAGAGCAGCCUUUGAAUCAGAUAAAAACGGCUAUUUUUCAGUGUGUAACAGCUCAUUGUUUGAUUCUGGGGCACAGGAUGAUUCUGAGGAUGACUACAGUGAAUUUCUGGAUCUUGGGCCUCCUGGAGUUUCGGAAUUCAUCAAGCCAAGUGGCCAAACAGAGAGAGAGCCCAAGCCUGGACCAAGUCAUAAUCAAGCAGCAAAUGACGUUGUCAACCCCAGAUCAGAGCAGAAAAUCAUUAUCUUGGAAGAAGGUAGCCUUCUUUUUCCAGAAAGCGAUCCUUUGGACACUCAGAACCAGUCAUCUGAAGACUCAGAGCUGUCAUCAAACCUCGGAGAAGCGACUUCUGUCCUCGAUGAUCAGGCCAUCGAAGAAGACUGCUGGUUAGACCAUCCUUACUUCCAGUCCCUGAACCAGCAGCCCCAUGAGAUAACAAACCAGGUUGUUCCUCAGGAGCGGCAGCCUGAAGCAGAGCUGCGCCCGUUGUUGUAUCAGCAUGAGCCUCCAGGGCCAGCUUUUCCAAGGCCGGCUUUUCCAAGACCAGAACCCCAGCAGGAUGGGAUUCCAGGCCCUUCUUCUCCUCAGCCUGCCCAUCCUCUAGGCGAGCUCGAAGACCAGCAGUUAGCAAUAGAUGAUGAAGAGCCAGGUCCAGCCUUUCCACUGCGAGGAUCUCAGGAACCCAAUUUGGAAAACCUUUGGGGGCAAGAAGCUACUGAAGUAGAUCAAGAACUUGUUGCACUAUUAGUGAAAGAAACAGAAGCAAGAUUUCCAGAUGUAGCAAAUGGGUAUAUUGAGGAAAUAAUUCAUUUGAAGAAUUAUUAUGAUUUGAAUGUACUUUGUAAUUUCCUUCUGGAAAAUCCAGAUUAUCCAAAGAGAGAAGAUAGAGUCAUUAUCAACCCCAGUAGCAGCCUGCUUGCCAGCCAAGAUGAGACAAAGUUGCCUAAAAUAGACUUUUUUGACUACUCUAAAUUGGCUCCUCUUGACCAGCGCUGCUUCAUCCAAGCUGCUGACCUCCUGAUGGCCGACUUCAAGAUGCUCAGCAGUCAGGACAUCAAGUGGGCCCUGCAUGAGCUCAAAGGACACUAUGCAAUCACCCGAAAGGCCUUUUCUGAUGCCAUUAAAAAAUGGCAGGAGCUGUCGCCAGAAACCAGUGGAAAAAGAAAGAAGAGAAAAGAAAUGAAUCAGUAUUCUUACAUAGACUUCAAAUUUGAACAAGGUGACAUAAAAAUAGAGAAGAGGAUGUUCUUUCUGGAAAAUAAGCGGCGACAUUGUAGGUCCUAUGACCGGCGUGCCCUCCUCCCAGCUGUGCAACAAGAGCAGGAAUUCUAUGAGCAGAAAAUCAAGGAGAUGGCAGAGCAUGAAGACUUUUUGCUUGCCCUGCAGAUGAAUGAAGAACAAUAUCAAAAGGAUGGCCAGCUGAUCGAGUGCCGCUGCUGCUAUGGGGAAUUUCCAUUCGAGGAGCUGACACAGUGUGCAGAUGCUCACUUGUUUUGCAAGGAGUGUCUCAUCAGAUAUGCCCAAGAGGCAGUCUUUGGAUCUGGAAAGUCAGAGCUCAGCUGCAUGGAAGGCAGCUGUACAUGUUCAUUCCCAACCAGCGAGCUGGAGAAGGUGCUUCCCCAGACCAUCUUGUAUAAAUACUAUGAGCGAAAAGCCGAAGAAGAAGUUGCUGCAGCCUAUGCUGAUGAGCUUGUCAGGUGCCCCUCCUGUAGCUUUCCUGCUCUGUUGGACAGUGAUGUGAAGAGGUUCAGUUGUCCCAAUCCUCGCUGCCGAAAGGAAACCUGUAGGAAGUGUCAGGGACUGUGGAAAGAACACAAUGGCCUUACCUGUGAAGAGCUGGCUGAAAAAGAUGACAUCAAGUACCGAACGUCUAUUGAAGAAAAAAUGACUGCUGCUCGCAUUAGAAAAUGCCACAAGUGUGGGACUGGCCUCAUCAAAUCCGAGGGGUGCAACCGCAUGUCUUGCCGCUGUGGUGCCCAGAUGUGCUACCUCUGUCGAGUGUCUAUCAAUGGAUAUGACCAUUUCUGCCAGCAUCCUCGCUCACCUGGAGCACCUUGCCAGGAGUGUUCAAGAUGCUCUCUCUGGACCGACCCCACUGAAGAUGAUGAGAAGCUGAUUGAGGAAAUCCAGAAGGAGGCCGAAGAGGAACAGAAAAGAAAGAAUGGAGAGAACACCUUCAAACGCAUCGGGCCUCCCUUGGAGAAGCCUCCAGAGAAAGUCCAGAGGAUGGAAGCUCUGCCGAGGCCCGUCCCGCAGAACCUGCACCAGCCGCCCAUCCCACACCCCUAUGCCUUCGUGCACCCACCCUUCCCGCUACCGCCUGUCCGGCCUAUGUUCAACAACUUUCCCCUCAACAUGGGCCCCAUCCCUGCGCCCUACGUGCCCCCUCUGCCCAACGUGCGCAUCAACUACGACUUUGCCGCCGUCCACGUACCGCUGGAGCACAACCUGCCUAUGCACUUCGGCCCGCAGCCGCGGCAUCGCUUCUGAUAGCCGGGGGCGCUGGCGCAGCCCUCAGCCUGUGCCCUUCACCCCCGAGGCUGCUGGCCCUGCCCUGCCUUCAGAGCGCGGUGAUGGACGUGGCCCUCAGGAGGACAGGCGGGCUUUCUUCCUGCUCCUUCCUGGGAAGGGCCACUGCCCCUUGAAGAGUGGCCAGCAGGCCAGUGCCCUCUGGGUGCCUGUACCAGGAUUGGUCUGGCACUCACUGGGCCAGAGAUAAGAAGGCAGCCAAACCCUCUUCCUGAAGAAUUCUGCCAUACUAGCAGCCAGUGCAGGGGGCCUGGCCACAAGGUGGCUCGUCUCUGCUAUGUGGCUCACGUCCCUGCAGAGACCUCCCUCCUUCCCUCCCCUCCCGCCGGCAGACGACAGAAGUCUCCCAGUUAAAACCUGCUGCCGGCCUUCCUCCCUGCAGCCCUCGGACCCCUAAUAAAGCCGAAGUCCCUACGCGCUUCGGAAAUUGGUGAGAGGUCUGAGCCCUGCAGAGCGGCCCCGGGGCUGCUGCCACCCGCCGCCCCUGAGGCCCACCAGAGGGAGGCGCGCCCUGCUGCUCCGAGCCAGGGCCGUGUCUGUAGUUGAGGGGUUUCGGGCCCUGUUGUCCCUCUCUGGGGGGCCAGCCCCUCAAAGGCUCAAGGUUGAUCCAUGCGAAGAGGUGACAGCCAUGUCCAUGGGCCUGGGAGCGUCGCUCAGGGUGGGAAGGCUGCAAGGCCAUGUCCCCCAAGUCCAGAACCCCAGGCCACCACCGUGGUGACCGCUCAGGGGUCUCCUCUUCCCUCUUGGCCCACUCAGAUGAGACCGCAGAGAGUUCUGUUUUUAGUUUAUCUAAAACGUUUGCUGUUUACUCACUUCAAACUUACCAGUUUUCCAUGGCCUACUAGAGUUUCUCUCUCUCAGUCUCUGGAAGGUCAAAGAAGUGUCUUACCCCAUGCCGCGCAGCUGAUGAGGGCAGGGUGGUCCUGAAACGGGCCAGACAAAAACUGCUUUUCCCGUGGCUCUGACUGGCCUGGGGGCUCCCGCAGGCAGCCGAUUGUCGUGAGCCUUCUUUGCACCAACCAGCUGCUGACCAGCUUCUCCCCUGAGGUUUGGUGGAGGCAGUGGGUUCCCUAGGGGACCAGGGGGCGCAGAUGGCGCUCAGCGGCACCCUCCCCCCCGAGGAGCUGCACUGCCGGCUGUUCUGCAGGCCCGACGCUGCCCUGUCCUGCAGGCGACCCGCUCUGGGGCUGCUGGGGGCCCUGUGUGUCCCUCACCCUUGCCUGCCCGGCACCAGCGGGCUUUGGAGCUGCGCCUGAGGCCUCGCCCUGGCCCUAGCCCGCCGCUCUGUGCUCCUCACCCUCCAGCCCGCGCGCAGAGCCCAGUCUGACACCGGUCGCCAACACUGUCCUGCCCUCCCGCAGCAGGAGGCCUGCCCCUCCAGGCUGCCCACUGCUGUGGGGACCUCACCCUGGCACCAAGCAUCACCACGCAUGGUCGCCCGCUGCCAUCAGCUGCUUAGAUGUAUUUUGAGGAUGGAAAUGGGAAAAUCUAAACUGCCCAUUCUUGCUGCCUUCAUUCUGAGUGAGGUCCUUGCAGGCAGGUUGUCAUCUGGGCACAGCGUGGGGCCCCCGGGAGAGGCCAGCACCAAAUGUCCCUGCCGGGAGCCUCUCCCUGUUGGGCUGCCGGGUCCUCACUGCUGGCCUCUACAGCAGUCUUGGGGUUACCCUGCAGGGCACAGUGACAGGAUUUCUUUACCUUAAAAGCAUGUUCCCUGCUUCCCCAAGAGAGGGUCUCUGAGAGCAGCAAACCACUAGCAGUUGUCCCACCAGAGGGAGAAGGUGACCCCAGGUGCUGCCCACCUGCCCCAGGGCACAUGGGACCCUCCUUGACCUCCUGAGCCAAUUCAUCAUCCACCCAAGGAAGCAGGUUCCGCCUCUGCCCUGUGGCCAGGGUCUGCGGCUCCACCAAGGGCCUGGGGCAGCUGUAAGGACAGACCCUGAGGGGGCGGCGUGCCCACACCGAGUCCCCUAGGGCCCAGCUUUCAAAGGUCCCCCUGGCAUGGUAGGGAGGAGACCAGAGUGAUGGUUCCCCUGAAUGCCCGAGCGAGGACUUGUCCUCUGGGGCGAGUUCUGGCUGUUUGUAGCCCCACACAGCUGCUGGGGAGCCACUCUGGCCUUUCUGAACCAGGGGCCUGAUUUCUAAGGUUGCCCCUGAGCCGGACUGCAGGGUGGCUCACAGGUCUGUCGUGGAAGGUUAUUGCCGCGAGUUCUGCCCCUAGCGCCAGUCCCUGUGCAUCUGUGAGAUGACCCUCCAGGCACCUCAGUGACCCUGAGGUGGGACCCGGACUGCGGGCUACUGGAGAAGCUGUCUGUGCCAGUGACGCCCAUGGAGGUCUGCCCCUGUCUGGGGGGCGCACAGGCGUCCAGGGGCAGCCUAGCCCCUCCCCUUCCCAGGGCCGCAGCGCUUGCUCCCCCACCCCAAGCGAGAGGCUGCACCCCGACGGUCUCGUUCUACUUGCCUUAAAACUGGAGAGAGGAAUCUAGUAUUUGCACUUAGAAAGAGAUUUAAAAACUUUAAAAAAUGCAUGACGUGUCGCUUUGUAUAAAAUAGCAAAAUGAUUAUUAAGUUUUUUUCUUUAGCUUCUGUUAGUAAAAAUACAGAAAAUAAUUCCGUUUAAACUACUGUGUGUAAAAAGCCUGUAUCAUAUGUAAGUGGGACUUUUUGUAAAUAAAUGUUGGUGCGCUCUG